ACGGCUUAUGGGAGGACGCGUGUUGAAGCAUUCCUCUCAUAGUUUUGGGACACCUCUUCAGCCUGAGUCUACGUCAGAUCUCCUCAUGGAUCUAUAAAAGGGGAUGGGGACUCCAAAAAGACGGAGAGGGACUGACUACCUGUAAAUCCACUGCAAGGUCUAGUGUGUGAUUCUUCUCUCUGAAAGAUGUGGAAAGUCUGUGUGUUUUUUCUCCUCUGGAUUACACCGGUGAGCAAAUCUCUUCAUUGAAAAUACUAUUGUUGAGUAGAAGAAGUGAUUUUUGGAGGGAAUGUGUGAUGAUUUGUGGUAUCUUAGGUGUCAGCUUCAUGCCCAAAGGACUGCCGGUGUCCCUCUGACACCCCCACAUGUGCUUCAGGAGUCAGUCUCAUUCAGGACGGCUGUGGAUGCUGUAGAGUUUGUGCACGGCAGCUCUUUGAGGACUGCAGCAAGACUCAGCCAUGUGAUCACGCAAAGGGACUGGAGUGCAACUUUGGAGGGGGACCCGGCUCUGCUAGGGGCAUCUGUCGAGGUACAACAAGCUCUUUAUCUCCACUCUUAUUUCUUUUACACUUGAUAGUUAAGUCUUCUCAUCUUAAACCUCAUUUUGUGUCUUUUACAAUCAGCCAAAUCAGAUGGGAGAACAUGCGAGUACAACAACAGGAUUUACCAGAACGGGGAAAUCUUUCGCCCAAACUGCAAACACCAGUGCACUUGCAUGGAUGGUGCAGUCGGAUGCGUCUCUCUUUGCCCACAUGAGCUCAAGCUGUCCAAACAGGGCUGUGCCAAACCUAGGCGGAUCAAAGUCCCGAGACGGUGCUGCGAACAGCUCAUCUGCCCUGAGGACAAAAAGACAGACAGUUCUGUGGGAAAGAAACACAGGAAAAAGCAUGGGAAAGACGCAAAGUCUGAAGACGAGCUGACGAAUGAGAACGAGCUGGCUCCACUGUGGGAAUCCAAAUCCUCUCCUUGUGAGUGUAUUGAUCCUUCGGGAUUAACAGAGAAGUUCCUUAUGCACUAAUUCUUAAAUCAGAUGACUGACCUUUUUGUGUCUUUCUGUGUAGCUUUCAGGAGCCCCCCAGUGGGCUACACGAUGGCCAGAGGGGUCUACUGUGUGUUCCAGAGCACACCUUGGUCCCCAUGCUCCAAAUCCUGUGGUCCAGGCCUGUCCACCAGGAUGACCAACACUAACAGCCAAUGCAAACUUCUGACAGAGACCCGGAUCUGUGAAGUUCGCCCAUGCAGCCUCACGAGUUUCACCAGAUUAAAGGUACAAUUCACAGUUUUAAAGACCUAACUUUUGCUGAUGAAAUGAUGAGUAAUCCAAGAAUCCUUUUCUUGUUAACUCACUCUUCAGGAGUGUAGCCCUUUGAUGCCUGAUGCCACAAAUUACGGCCAGAAAAUUAAAAAAAAUUUGGAGCUGAAAUGUUUAUUUUACUUACUACUGAAAACCAAAAAAAUCUAAAUGUCCUUAGAAUUUAACAAAUGUAUUUAUUGAUCUUUUUUGAUAAUUAAGAUGUUUUUGGAAACUGACAAAUUGAAAGAGGACAUUUUUAUCAUUUAUCAAACUGUAUUCAGUUGUUUUUUGGUCAUUUGUUCAUCAUAUUGAUUUGAUGGAAGUAUAUAAAAGUAUGUAUCAAAUAUGAUACAAAAGGCAUUAAAGGGUUAAAGAUGUUUUCUUAUGUCCUGUCUCUGCAGAAAGGACAGAAAUGUAACCACACAGAGAAGUCCAGCCGUCCGGUCAGACUGUCUUCUUCAGGCUGCAGUAGCUUGAAAAAGUUCCAGCCCAGAUACUGCGGUUCCUGCUCAGACGGGAGAUGCUGCAGGCCUCACCGAACACAAACAUCACCCGUUCGCUUCCGGUGCAAGAGCGGAGAGAUUGUCAGCAGGAUGGUGAUGAUGAUCGAGUCCUGCAAGUGUGACCUAAACUGUGAGAAAAAGAAACCCUUCCAUAAAAGACUUUUCAAUGAAAUACACAAACGAAACAUGUAAAGUGGAAGAAAAAAACCCUUGAAGUGUGUACUGUUGGAGAUGUGUACACUUUGAGGGUGCAGGAUUAUAUUCCUGAAGUAUCCAGCUUUGCUUCAUACAACUGGAGCUUGUUCUGCUUCCUUUGAAGCACAUUUUGGAAAUCCUUAUUCUGUAAUUCAACAAAAUUGUGUUCUCCAGUUUAUGAUUAUAUUGAACAUAUUUAAGCCUCUCUGGACAAGACAUCCUGUAAAUGACUAUGGCAGCUACUAAAUCAGUCAUUACAAAUGUCGCCCUGUUAGUUUACUGUGCUUGUUUGUUUUAUUUAUAAAGUUUUGUAUUUGAUAUUUCAGGUUAUGUAGUACAAGAGUUAAUCAUUGAAUAUGGUCCACUAAUGUUUUGUAUCACACAAGUGUUUGCGAAUAUAUCAUUGGCUGGAAUUAAACGUUUUAACCUCCAAAA